AAUUUUGUCUAAUUCAGUGCUGGACGUCGUUUUAAACUCGCUAUACGAAAUUAUUUAAUAAAAUUGAAUUGUUGACUUCUGUGCGCGCUGAAAUAUGUUUCUAUUCAUCGGAUUUGCUGUUGCGUACGUUCUGUACAAGUGGCUUACGAAGAAUGACGACUAUUUUCUGAAAAAGGGAAUUCCUUACGAGAAGCCGUUACCACUUGUCGGAAAUUUCCUUGGAUUCAUGUUGCAGAGAGAAACGUUGAUUGAUGUCAUUCAGCGAAAAUACGAUAAAUUCAAAAAAUCAAAAAUCUUUGGAUUAUUCAACUUUAAUCAAAUUGGGUAUAUUGUCACUGAUGCCGAUUUGAUCAAGCGAAUUACAAUCAAAGACUUUGAUCAUUUCGUCAAUCAUGACCAAAAUUUCGACAACAUUGAUCGAGUGUUCAGUAAAAGUCUGUUCUCGCUGCACAAUCAGCAGUGGCGGGAGAUGCGAACGAUCUUAUCGCCAAUAUUUACAAGUUCCAAAAUGAAGAUGAUGUUCGGCUUGCUAUCCAAUCACGUAUCCGAUUUCAUGAUCCAUUUCAACCGCAAGGCAGCGAAAGACGUUGAUGUGUACGACAUUUUCUCCAGAUUUACUGCCGAUGGUAUUGCUACCGCUGCCCUUGGCUUCGAAGGCGAUUGUGUGAAGAAUGAAAACAGCGAAAUUUUUAAGAUUGUCAAGCAAUCCUUAGCUGACUUUACUAAGUUCACCAGUGUCCUCAAGUUCCUUCUGGUGUCCAUUGCACCGAAACUCUAUGAUUUGUUGGGCUACCAACUGGUCAAUAGUAACGUGGUUGAAUUUCUGAGGCAUGUGACUAUAGACACCAUGCGCGAUAGAGAAGAGAACAAUAUUACAAGGCCAGAUGUGAUUCAAUUGCUGUUAGAAGUUAGAAAAGGGAAAGGCCAAUUGAAAAGCAAAGAAGAUGAAGUAAAUGAUGACGAACUACGAAACUUUUCCGCUCACCAGGAAUUUAAUGUCAGCACCAACAAGUCAACGACAUCACUCAAUAUUAACGAUGACGACCUGUGGAUUGCUCAGACAUUCAUUUUCUUUGUUGCCGGCUUCAAUACAACUUCUCAUCUAUUGCAAACAUUGACUUACGAACUAGCGAAAAAUCAAGAUAUCCAGCAAGAACUCUUCCAGGAAAUCCAGGAAGUGGUAUCAUCACUCGAUGGAAAACCAAUAACGUACGAAGCACUCCACAAAAUGAAGUAUCUGGAUUGUGUCAUAUCCGAGGGUCUACGAAUGUAUCCACCAGCAGUUCAAAGCGAUCGCUGUUGUUCCAAGCCCAUCGACCUUGAUUUGGGUAACGGUAAAACGCUUCACGUCAAUAAAGGAGAAGUGAUUGGAUUGCCAAUUUACAACAUUCAACACGAUCCCGACUAUUUCCCAAAUCCCGAAACAUUCGAUCCGACACGAUUCAACGAUGAAAACAAGUCGUCGAUUGUUGCUGGAAGUUAUUUGCCAUUUGGGAUGGGGCAAAGAGCAUGUAUCGGAAGUCGUUUCGCCUUGAUGGAGUCGAAGCUGUUGGUAUUUAAUCUACUGUCAAAUUAUAAAAUUGAACCGUCCAGUACCACCCCGGACAAACUCACUUUCAAAGCAGAUUUGACAGCAUCGGUCAAGGAAACAAUUUACUUGAAAUUCAAGGCCAGAAAUUGAGCGUAUUGAGUAAGAUUGUAUUCGGUUGAAUAAACUUUUGUGUGCAAGUUUCAUUGUCUCGAUUCGAAUUAUGUAGCGGAAUUGACGCUACAAUUUAAAUUCAUUCAAUAUUUUCGUUGCCUGUUGUUGGUCUUACGUAUUUCCGAAAUAAAGAAGAC